AUGGCUACUAUCAAUAUUCGCAGCGAUGUAAAGGACCCCUUCUACCGCUACAAGAUGGAGAAGCUCCAGUCCAAGAUUGAAGGCAAGGGCAACGGUAUCAAGACCGUCAUUGUCAAUCUUAGCAGUGUCGCAGCUUCUCUCGCCCGCCCUGGGGCUUAUGUUAUCAAGUACUUUGGCUUCGAACUUGGAGCUCAGACCAAUACCAACCCCGCGGACGAUCGUUGGAUUAUCAACGGUGCCCACGAGGCCUCCAAGCUUCAAGACUAUCUCGAUGGCUUCAUCAAUAAGUUUGUUCUCUGCAAGAAGUGCAAGAACCCCGAGACCGAUGUGGUUAUCAAGGACGGAAAUAUCGUGCUUGACUGCAAGGCUUGUGGUCAACGCUCCAACGUCGAUCUUCGCCUUAAGCUCAGCGGUUUCAUUUUGAAGAAUCAACCGAAGAAGGGCAAGAAAGACAAGUCCGAGAAGAAAGCCGCUCGCAAAGCUAAGCAGAACGGCAGUGCCAAUCCAGAUGAGAACGGUGAUAACAGCCCCGGAGAUGACAAUUCCGAACACGGAUCCAACGAGAAUGGCAAUGGUGAUGUAGCUAUCGAGGCAGGCAGUGAUGAUGAACUCACACGCCAGAUCAAGGCUGGUGCCGAACAACUUGAUGAACCAGUCGAAGUCAAGGAUGAUGAGUGGACUGUCGACAUGUCUGCUGAGGCCGUUAGAGCUCGUCAGCAACAACUUCCUGACGACCUGAAGCAGAAGCUUGUCCUCGGUGGUGACGAAGACGACGAAGAUGGAGAGGGCGGUGGCAACUCCACCUAUGACCAGCUUGGAAAUUGGAUCACUGAAGAGGCACAGGAGAAGGGAAGUGUCGACGACGUUGUUGAUAUCGACAUCUACCUCAAGGCAAAGGAUCUUGGUAUUGAGACCAAGCAUCGUACCCUUCUUGUCUUGGUCCAGACCAUCUUCGAUGAUGAUAUCGUCAAGCAAAUUCCUAAGCGUGCUUCCAUGCUCAAGAACUUGCUCACAUCCGAGAAGCAUGAAAAGGCUCUUCUCGGAGGCGUCGAGCGAUUCAUUGGUCUUCGUGGCCAGAAGGAUCCUGCUUUCUACGACCAAACCUCCAAGAUCCUUCUGGUUCUCUACAACGAGGAUCUCCUUCCCGAGGAAGUCAUCACCAAAUGGGGUUCCAAGGCCAGCAAGAAAUAUGUCGACCUGUCUACCAGCAAGAAGGUCCGCAAGUCUGCUGAGACUUUCCUGACCUGGCUUGCUGAGGCCGAGAGUGACGAUGACUCCGACUAG